AUGGCGUCAUACAGAUCACGGCCGGCCCUGCCAGAGGUCGUGACUCGUCCCAUAUAUAUCAGCGUUGGUUAUAUCCGCAGUAGGCUCGGCAGCCUCACCUGGGGCCCGGGCCUUGCUAUUGCCAAGCCGACGAUACAGUCACUUUUGUCCUCCAUUGAAGUCGGCACGCUCAUACUCGUCGACGACCCGGUUGACCAGCGUCUCGUCUUCGACGCCAGCUUUGGCGCUCUGACUAAUGGAGACAGCGAUGUCCGCAAGCUCGCAGCGUAUCCCCGAGUCGAGCUGGUCGUCAAGAGCGAGGCCUUCUGGAUGCGCCUCUUCCUUUUUGCAGACAUGGGAUUCGCAGAGGCAUACAUGCUCGGCGAGGUCGAGUGCGCCGACCUGACCGCCUUCUUCCAGCUCUUCAUUCUGAACCGGGACCAGCUAUCCAAUGCGACGACAUGGUCGUCUGCAAUCGCCAGUGCAAUCACAGGAGUGGCGCGCUCAACCAACACGCUCUCCAACGCACUGCUGAACAUAUCAGCGCACUAUGACAUAAGCAACGACAUGUUCGCGGCAUUCUUGUCACCAGACAUGACAUAUUCAUGUCCAAUAUGGAGCACGGCACCAUUGGUAGACGGCCGAGAGGAGUCCCUAGAGGAGGCCCAGAUGACCAAGCUGCACCGCUUCAUCGACGGAGCCAAGCUCAAGUCAACAGACCACGUCUUGGAAAUAGGAACCGGCUGGGGUUCAUUUGCAAUCGAGGCCGUCCGUAGGACUGGGUGCCGCGUGACGAGCCUGACGUUGUCGCGAGAGCAAAAAGUAUUGGCUGAAGGGCGCAUUGCCGCCGCGGGGUUUUCGGACAGGAUCGAGGUCCUCCUAAAGGACUACCGCGCCCUGCCAGUGCCAGAAAUCCCGUACGAUAAGAUCGUGUCCAUCGAGAUGCUGGAGGCUGUCGGCCAAGAGUUCCUCGGCACGUAUUUCGCGUGCAUCGAUCGGCUGCUGAAGAAAGACGGGGGGGUUGCCAUGUUCCAGUGCAUUACCAUGCCCGAGGGGAGACACGACAGUUAUUCCAAAGGCGAAGAUUUCAUCAACCACUACAUAUUUCCGGGAGGCUAUCUCCCGUCCACGACCCAGCUCAUCAAUCACAUCACGGCCGAGUCGAAGGGCACGCUCAUCGUGGAAAAGGUCGAGAACAUCGGAGGCCACUAUGUCAAGGCCCUUCGCCUCUGGAGGGAAGACUUCCUGCGCAACUUUGAGGCUAGGAUUCGGCCGGCCCUCAAGGCAGAGCAUCCCGAUUUGACGGACGAGGAGAUCGAGGUGUUCCGGAGGAAGUGGAAGUACUACUUCACAUAUUGCGAGGCCGGAUUCGUAACCAAAACAUUGGGGGAUGUUAUUAUCACGGUUGGUAGGGAAGGCGCACUAGAGCUGAUGGAGGGCAUCCCACUCUGA